GUGUGUGUGUGUGUGUGUGUGUGUCCUUCGUUGAACGUGGUGGGUGAGGACGUUCAGCUAAAUCUCAGGCCACCACGGUACACAUCUCAGCAGGAGUGAAAGGGUCCUGAGAGUAGAGGGUUAUUUUGGCCUGGCCCUUCCCCUCUCCAGUUCUCUUCUUUUUUUGGACCCCCCCCCGACUCCCACUGAGAGGGGGUCAGCCCUGGGCGGGAGUUUGCCAUCGCCACCCUGGCGAUGGGGAGCUCAGCGUCGUCGCUGACGACGGAGGCGGAGUCGGACCACGGGUUUGGAGGCGGUUCGGCGGGGUACCCGGCGCCCCCCUCCUCCCCAUCCUCCUCCUCCUCAUCCCCUCCCCCGCCCCCGGUGGGCUGGCUGCGGACCAGCCACAGCAGCCCUCUGUGGGGAACCACCUUCAUCACCCGCCAGCAGCACCAUCCUCUUCCUCACCGGGAGCGCAGCCACUCCCACUCCCCGGGCUCCAUGGCGACGGUGGUGCAGGGCAGCGAGUGGUCCUGCGGUCGCUGCACCUUCCUGAACGCGGGCGGAGCCCCCCGCUGCUCCAUCUGCGAGGCGCCGCGCCAGAAGCCCGACCUGAACCACAUCCUGCGGCUGAGCAGCGGCGAGGAGCCGCGCUGGGCCUGCCCCCGCUGCACCCUGAAGAACCCCCCGGGCUCCGGGGCCUGCUCCGUGUGCGGCUUCGGCCCCUGGCCCGCCCCCGCCCCGCCCGCCACCGCCCCCCCUCCGCCCCCCGUCAACCCCUCCCUCUCCCCCACCGCCCCCGCGGUGGUGGUGAACGGCGUGCUGCCCCCGGCGGCGGUGGAGCCCUCCGCCCCGGUCCCCGUCCUGCUGGAGCCCCGCGGGCAGCAGCCCCCGCCCCCCAAGCAGCAGGAGGCGGCGGUGGCGGCGGCGCGGCGGGCCGAGGGCGGCGGGGAGGCGGGCGGGGGGGCGCAGGGCGCCGGCUGGGCGUGUCCGCGCUGCACGCUGCACAACACGGCGGUGGCGCUGUCGUGCUCGGCGUGCGGCGGCCCCCGCAAGCUCUCCCUGCCCAAGAUCCCCCCCGAGGCACUGGUGGUCCCGGAGGUCCACACCCCCCUGCUGCUGGGCUUCCCCGUCCCGCCCGCCGCCCCGCUGCUCAUAGACCUCACGGACGACUCCCCCCCGCCGGCCCCCCCGCCCUGUGAAGCCCCGGAGCCCCCCCGCCCCUCCCCCCAGGCCCUCGCCUCCCCCUUCACCCCCUUCUCGUCCCUCCAGAACAACCCCGUGCCGCGCAGCCGGAGGGAGGUGCCCCCCACGGGGCGGCCCCCCAACCCCGGCGGCUCCCCCAGCCCCACCUCCCCCUUAGCCGCCACGGCGCCCCCCCAGCCCUGCCCCCAGCUGCGGACCAAACCCAAACCCCAGGCCCAGCCCCAGGAGCCCCCCUACCCGGGCAAGAGGCUCAGCGUGCUGGAGGAGGGAGACCCCCUCCCCCACUCAUCCUCCUCCACCUCCUCCUCCUCCUCCACCUCUUCGUCCUCCACCUGGAAGUGCCCCGGCUGCGCGCUGCCCAACCCCGGCGGGGCGUCCAAGUGCGAGGGGUGCCGCGGCUCGCGGGCGGGCGCCGACCUCAUCGACCUGGUGGGCUGCGAGGCGGUGCGCUUCACCCCGGCCAGCCCCUCCAGCCCGGACUUCAGCACCUGGGCCUGCUCCAAGUGCACCCUCCACAACCCCACCGGGGCGGCGCAGUGCUCGGCCUGCGGCUCCUCCAAGCUGCACGGCUUCGUGGACCGCGAGGCCGGGGCCCCGCGCUGCUGCCCGCUCCACGGACCCCCGACGGGGGCCGGCGGCUCGGCCUGCUCCUGCUCCAACGCCACCUCCGGGCACAAGGCACGGAAACAGGCCCGCGCCUUCCCCCCUGCCGCCGCCUCCUCCUCCUCCUCCUCCUCUCUGGAGAAGGCGGGGCAGUGGGCGUGUCCGGCCUGCACGCUGCUGAACGCCGGCCCCGCCAAGAACUGUGUGGCGUGCCACACGCCGCAGCAGUACCUGACGCUGCGCAAGGUGGCCAAGCCGCUGAAGAGGCGGGAGAGCAUGCACGUGGAGGCGCGGCGGCGCAACGACGAGGGCGAGGCCAAGGAGCUCUGGGAGAACAUCGUCAGCUUCUGUCAGGAGAACGUGGUGAACUUUGUGGACGACAGCUUCCCCCCCGGUCCGAGCUCAGUGGGCUUCCCUGAGAGUGACAGCGUCCAGCAGCGAAUCAAAAAGUGGCUCCGCCCCCACGAGAUCAACUGCAGCAACUUCAAGGACAGAGGAGUGAAGUGGUCUGUGUUCCGGACGCCCCGCCCCUCCGACAUCCUACAAGGCCUGCUGGGAAACUGCUGGUUCCUGAGUGCCCUGGCGGUGCUGGCGGAGCGUCCCGAGCUGGUGGAGCGGGUCAUGAUCACGCGCAGCCUGUGUCCGCAGGGGGCCUACCAGGUGAGGCUGUGCAAGGACGGCACCUGGACCACGGUCCUGGUGGACGACAUGCUGCCCUGCGACGACUACGGCUACCUGCUCUUCUCUCAGGCCCAGAGGAAGCAGCUGUGGGUGGCUCUGAUCGAGAAGGCGCUGGCCAAGCUCCACGGGUCGUACUACGCCCUGCAGGCGGGGCGGGCCAUCGAGGGCCUGGCCACGCUGACCGGGGCCCCCUGCGACUCCCUCAUGCUGCAGGUCAGCUCCACCAACCCCCGCGAGGAGGCCAUCGACACAGACCUCAUCUGGGCCAAAAUGCUGAGCUCCAAGGAGGCUGGGUUCCUGAUGGGCGCGUCGUGCGGCGGGGGCAACAUGAAGGUGGACGAUGUCGUCUACGAGUCCAAGGGCCUGCGCCCGCGACACGCCUACUCCAUCUUGGACGUCCGGGACGUCCAGGGAUACAGGUUGCUACGGUUACGUAACCCAUGGGGGCGGUUCUCGUGGAACGGGAGCUGGUCGGACGAGUGGUCUGAUUGGCCGCAGCACCUUCGAAGCGAGCUGAUGGCUCACGGCAGCAGCGAGGGAGUGUUCUGGAUGGAGUACUCUGACUUCAUUAAGUUCUUUGACUCGGUGGACAUCUGCAAGAUCCACUCGGACUGGCAGGAGGUGCGGCUGCAGGGCUGCUUCCCCAGCCGGGCCAGCGGGCCCAUCACCGUCACCGCCCUCACCGUGCUGGAGAGGACCGCCCUGGAGCUGGCCCUGUUCCAGGAGGGCAGCAGGCGCUCGGACACAGCAGACAGCCACCUGCUGGACCUGUGCAUCAUGGUGUUCCGCGCCUCGUUCGGCGGCGCCAACAGGCUAACGCUAGGCCGCCUGCUAGCCCACAGCAAGCGAGCGGUCAAGAAGUUUGUGGGCUGCGACGUGAUGCUGGAGCCUGGGGAGUACGCCGUGGUCUGCUGCGCCUUCAACCACUGGCAGAUGAAUGCUUCUAUAGGACCACCCACUCCUGUGUCCAGCCCCACAGCGAGCAGCGGCAGUGGGGGCGGGGGGGCGUGGCGGGGCCAGGACUACCCGGCUCACAUCCUGGCGGUGUACAGCUCCCGGCAGGUGAUGGUUGAGCAGGUGGAGGUGACGCCCACCACCCUGGCCGACGCCAUCAUCCUGCUCACCGAGAACAAGGGGGAGAGACACGAGGGCCGUGAGGGGAUGACCUGCUACUACCUGACCCACGGGUGGGCGGGGCUUAUCGUGGUGGUGGAGAAUCGCCACCCCAAGUACUUCCUGCACGUGUCAUGCGACUGCACGGACAGCUUCAACGUGGUCUCCACGCGCUGCAGCCUCAAGACCAUCGACAGUGUCCCGCCUCUACACAGGCAGGUGCUGGUGGUGCUGUCCCAGCUGGAGGGCAACGCGGGCUUCUCCAUCACCCACCGGCUGGCACACCGCAAGGCGGCGCAGGCCUCCCUGGGCGACUGGACCCCCACCAAGGCCACGCACAGCCCCCAGCUCACCCCCGACAUCGACGGCCUGCACCGGCCCCGGCCGCUAUGACCCCCCCCGACCUGUGACCUCAAUGACCUCCACACCCUGGGGGUCACCAGGUCUUGCAGUGGGGAUGUGCCAUGGGGGAAGGGGGAGGUGGGGGUUGACUUCCUGGAUCAACAGGAAGUCGGGAUCAUAAUAAUUGUUUGACUUAUUUUCCGCCACGCCCCCAAAAGACUCUUGAGUGCACUUGCCUGUGGGCGUGCACGAGGAUCGAGGGGCGUGCACGGGAAACAUACACUCUGGAUUCCCUGCCAGAGGAUUGUUGAGGAUGCGCUCUCACUACUGAGCCUAACGAGCCAAUCAGCAUCCUCGCUUGUACACUUGAACCCUCCCACCCCGUCCCAGAAGCUGCACUGGUGUUCAAGGAGGAACACGACGGUACUUCAACAGGUCCACUGUUGGUUUGUUUGUUUGUGGUUUCAAACGUUUCCCACCUCUUCCAGAGUUCACUUCAGGUCACGAGAAAAAGCCAUUAUCUAUAUAGUGUGGUCAAGAUACUCUCUCUCUGUCUCUGUCUGUCUCUCUCUCCCUCUCGCUCUCGCUCUCUGUCUCUGUCUCUCUCUCUCUCUCUCUCUCUCUCUCUGCGUCUCUCUCUCUCUCUCUCUCGCUCCCUCUCUCUCUCUCUGUCUCUCUCUCUGUCUCUGUCUGUCUCUCUCUCUCUCUCUCUCUCUCUCUCUCUCUCUCUCUCUCUCUCUCUCUCUCUCUCUCUCUCUGUCUCUCUCUCUGUCUCUGUCUGUCUCUCUCUCUGCGUCUCUCUCUCUCUCUUUGCGUCUCUCUCUCUCUCUCACUCUCUCUGUCUCUCUCUCUCUCUUUGCGUCUCUCUCUCACUCUCUCUCUCUCUGUCUCUCUCUCUCUCUUUGCGUCUCUCUCACUCUCUCUGUCUCUCUCUCUCUCUUUGCGUCUCUCACCUAGCUUAAUACCAAACUCAUCAGCAGGCCCCAGCAUGUUGAGGGGGGGGGGGGGGGGGGGGGGGGGGGGUGCUCUGCACAGACCCACCAGCCCAACAGCAUCUAACUCCAGUCCACUAGUGACCACUCCAGGAUUUGAUUUAAGUCAUUCAUAGGCGGGGGUAGAGAUCAAUUAUUAUAGGUUAUUGGUCCCAUAGAGCAGAGAGUUGCAGACUACCACAGAUCAUAAUCAUGAACCGACGCACAAACCCUUUAAGUCCAGGUUGGAGGCAGCGGUGUGAGUGUUUUUGGUGGAGCUUUGAAGGGCGAGUGUUUCCCUCAGACCGACACCACUGUAGUUCGGAGAGAGAUGAGAGAGGUGGCUUAUGGAUGAAUGGCCAUUAACGGCUGUUUUAACCUGGCUGCAUUGGCCCCAGAUUUUAAUUUAUUUGUACAAAUGAUUUUAUAUAUAAAUGAUGAUUUAGGGGGGAAUAUAGCGAUUGGGUUAGGGAUCCUGUCUGUCGCUCUGAUUGGUUGAACACUGAAGCUGCUGUGGGUUAAAGGAAGAUAUCAGGAAUGUAAGCGGAUGUGACUCUUCUCGGUGCUGUGGGCUUAUUGUAAGAUUUGCCCAGAGAGAGACAAGCUUUUAAUUAAAAACAAUUCAAACUAAAAACCUGUUAUUAAUCACUAAAAUCGAAUUGAUUCUACAUUCACAUGUUCUUUUAUCUUUUUUGUUCUAAUCCUACGUUUUGAUCACUCUUUGAUUUGUCUUUCUGGUGUCGGUACAAUACUUUUUCAUGUGUCUUGUUAGGGGGGGUUUCUUGCCGUCUCUGGCGCCCCCUACUGGUGACGGAGGCAGUAGCAAAACUGUGGACAUCCCUGUGAGGCGGUUGUCAACUAAUUGGGUUCUCUUCCCUUGUAAAGUAAACGGACUCUGAACCCAGAAUCUACAGGAGACAGACUGUGGACUACUUUGAUUUCCCUGGGAUAAAAAAAAGAUGUUGAAUAAUAAGUGAAAUUAAAAACUUGAAACUCAAACUUGGAAUAGAAUGUUAUAUAUAUAAAUAUAGAUUAUUUUAUUGA